AUGAUGCGGCGUUCAAGGCCUUGCGGUGUUGUCUUCACUCCGGCGAUGCCGCAUUUGGAAGGUUUCCUCAGUCGUCACGUGCGCCCGGAUCAUCCUCUUCGCCACCACCCAAUGUGGCUGAGCGAGAGUGAUCUAUCAAAUUGCCCUAACUGGAAAUUUGACGCCACCAGUGUACAGAACAGCGGCGAGAGGAGAGUGGCGAAAAAUAUGCCCAUGGUGGUUGCACAGGUUCCAAUGAGUUUGAAUCUAUUUAACAUGGAUCAACUUUUGCCCGAGAGUGAAGCUCACUGGCAGCUUCCUAUUGCCACAGCAGCAACGUCAGUAUCAUCCAUGCGGCCAUAUGAAGGCCAGGCACAGAGGCAGUUGGAACAUCGCCGAAUGACAUGUGGCUUUGAGUCAAACUGGUGGGGCACACGCAACCAAUGGCGGAAGCGCGGAUGUCACCUUGACCCCAAGGCAGUUCCAUCUGUGUUAGCUUUUCACAAAAUGACUCGACUUGUACACAUCUCGAUGUUUUCUGGUGGAAAAGAGCUGCUGAAGGACUAUUUUGUCUCUGGGAAGACUGGGAUUCUUAGACAAUUGAGUGUCUCAAAUGACCUUUCCCAGUUGGCUGUUAAUUUCUGUUUUCUCGUAAAGUCACAUUUUGAGAGGCAUGGCUUUGAAUCCCCGUUGUAUUUCUCGAGAAAUUCGCUGCGGUCUGCCAGGAUCGCCAUACGUCCCGAUGCAGAACCUCUCGAUUUAUCGCCUCUCGAUGAAUACGAAUACAACGGGCCCGGUGUCAUGGCACAUACUUCACAUGAUGUAGAGGUGUACACGCAAUACUACCACCUUUCGCAGGUGAUUUUUCCAGAAAAUUAUAGAAUCCCCCCAAAUGUUCUUGAGGCAGAGCGGGAGAACCCCGGCGUGCCCAUUAACGGAAAGACGGGUGAGGUGCUGAAAAUACCGGAGCUGCAGUAUGAGGCGAUACUGAACUCCCCGUCACCAGAGCUGGCGUCUCUUAUUGCCUGCGACCACGAGUCCGAGCCUGCGGACUCAUUCUCGGAAUUGGAGUCACCGAAAACCGUCCGCGGGCGAAGCCUGUGGUACUUGCCCCAUGACCUGCUAGAGACGGGUGGCCUGGUUGAUGUCAACUCCGUGCCCGUAGAAGUGAUGGGUGGGCAGGAAGGGCAAAAAAAAUUGUGGAGGCUGCUUUACAACGUGGAACAACUACUGCUCCCUGUUGAGGGUUACAAGGCCGUCGGGCGCAUCGGGUGGAUGGCACAGUCCGCUGGGAAACAACUGUCAGACUUCUCAGACGGGAAUGCAGAUGCCGUGACAGGUGUUGGAGGGGAGCCCAACUUCCCCUUUUGA